UCGAGGUGGGAAGCACUGGGUUGUCCUUCGCCAUCUGGGAGUUCCUCGCCUGGUAUGGUAGCCGGAUGGUGAUGUACCACUGCGAGAGGCUAAAGGAUUUAUGCCUCCGGAAUUUCCUUCGUUUUGGGCGGAUUAUCUCUUGGCAUGGCGCUAGUGGAGGUGAAGCAAUUCGCAGAGGCAUUAGUGGCAGUGAAGAGGAUACUCGAGAGGAUCAACAGGCAUCCGUGAAUCAAUGCGGAGGAUCCCAAAGGGUUGAAAAUGGAGGAGAUGCUCGGAGAGGUGUGGCGUUUGAAUCGGUCCAGUUCACGUACCCUUCGCGGCCGAAGGUGCCUGUGCUGAGGAACUUCAGCCUCCGGGUGCCAGCAGGGCAGACGGUGGCACUGGUGGGCACCAGCGGGAGUGGGAAGUCGACGGUUGUUGUGCUGCUGCAACGAUUCUAUGAUGCGGACGCCGGAGCAGUGAGGAUCGACGACGUGGACAUCAGGAAGCUACAGCUGAAGUGGAUCGAGGGCAGGCAGGCGGUGAAGAUGGAGGAGGAUGAACAUCAACAGACGGAUUGA